CCUAUUUAUUUUCACGCAUUCAUUCAGCCAUCCCCAUUACUCAUUCAUAAGCUAUCUAAUCAAAAGCGACGGGCUCAAUAUCCGCCAAAUCCUAGUCCAAGGUGAUUCGGUCAAACCUCAGUGCGACUCCGGCAGUGCAAGACCGCGAAAAUGGCUUUUAAAAAAGUGACGCACGUUAUUUUCGAUAUGGACGGCCUCCUUAUCGAAUCGGAGUCAGCCUACGACCGAGUGAUCAACGAGAUCGCCCAGCCGUUCGGCAAAACGUACACGAGGGACGUCAAAAUCAAAAUUUUGGGAACCCCCGAGCCCGACACUGCCCGAAUCGCCAUCACGGAGAUGGGGCUCCCAUGCACAAUUGACCAGUUCCUCGAAAUCUACCGAAAGAAAGUCAGAGAGGAGUUGCAGAACCCGCCGCUUAUGCCGGGGGCGAAGCGCCUCGUGGAGCACCUCCACAAGCACAAUAUCCCCAUCGCGGUGGCCACCUCCUCCUCGCAGGAGUCCAUGGAGAUGAAGACGAAGAACCACCAGGACUUGUUCAAGCUGUUCCACCACAUCGUGUGCGGGACCACCGAUCCCGAAGUCAAACACGGCAAGCCCGCCCCUGAUAUUUUCCUAGUCUGUGCCUCAAGGUUCCCCGAUAAGCCGCCCUCUGAUCAGUGUCUGGUGCUCGAGGACGCGCCCAAUGGGGCUAGGGGCGCUAUCGACGCAGGGAUGCAGGCUGUGCUGGUACCUGCGGCCGAUGUUCCCGAAGACAAGCGCAAGCCGGCAACGAUUGUUCUAAACUCGCUGCUGGAGUUCAAACCGGAGCUCUUCGGACUUCCGGCUUUUGAAUGAAAAUUUUAGCCGAGAUUUUAGGAAAUAGGCGCAAAUGCACCAAUUGUUGAGUAUUAACUUAUUGCAAAUUUAUUUAUUUUGAUGUACGAGUAUGUGUUACACCAUUAAAUGAAUUAUUUUACUAA